AUGGCCGAUUUUACCCCCCCACCUUUGCGUGCACCGACGGCAUGUGUCGCUUGCAAUAAAAGAAAGGUUCGCUGUAUCUUCAAUGACAACCCUGAUGUAUGCGUCAACUGCGAACGGCAUGAAUGGCCCUGCUCGCGACGGGAGCGCAAGAGAAAAAGAGCUCAAAGCAAUCAUGACUCCAUUGCCACCAACACAGAAGUGGUCAGAAAGAGGCAGGUGACCUGGGAUGAGGCGACGAACAACAUCAGCCCUACCGAAACUACCGGAUCCUCUUUAGUAGGCACGGAUCGUGACCAGGACCGGAACCGGCGCCGUAACUCGAGCCAAGAUGGAGCUGGCGCUAGAGAUCAUGCAGCAGCAAUCUCUCCAUCUUCAAACCCAUACUCAGCGGCUUCAGCCUUGAGCUUUAUGGCACGGUCCCGCUACUUUGACGAUUCGGUAGCAAUCAACGAAGAUCAGGCUAGAUCAUACCCGACAGGAGACGCGGACGGGCCAACUGAGGAUGACAUUCAAUUACUCAGAUUGCAAGGUGCAUUUGACCUGCCACCAAGGGCUAUCCGAGAGGGAUUGAUCAACACAUUCAUGGAACGAUGCUCGCCAUGGAUGCCGAUAGUUGAGCGGAGCUGGCUGGAAGAAAGUGGUCCCCAGAAGCCGUCGAUCUUACUCCUCCAAUCUAUCUUUGUUGCUGCGAGCCGAGUCACCUCAGCGCCGGCGGUGACUGCAUAUGCAUCUUUGCAUCAGUUCUAUCGUCGCGCAAAAGCUUUGUUUUGGUGCGGAUACGAAAGGAAUCCAUUGACAGUUGUCGCAGCGGUGUGCAUCUUGCAAUGGUAUACCCCGGAAGGCCCCGAGCACGUUUCCACCAAUACAAGUGGAUUCUGGCGAUAUGUAGGAGUAGGCUUGGCCCAUCAGAUUGGAUUGCACAAGGAGCCCGCGAAUAUGAGAGAUGCCACUAUAAGACGCAGGCUCUGGUGGUCUUUAUAUGCCAGAGACUGUUGUGUUUCUGCCGGACAAGGUCGGCCCCUGGCAGCCGAUAUGGAUGACUGCGAGGUUGCACCACCGUGCCUCGAGGAUUUCCAAGAUUCAAGCUCGGAUGCCACUCUGUUCGUCGCAUACGUCGAGAUUAGUUCUAUCCUGGGCCAUCUCACUGAGUACUGUCGCCGAAAAACGCUCACACGUCAGGCUCGACAGGAUAUCGAGAAUCGCUUGUAUCGUUGGACGCGAGAGCUUCCAUAUCCACUCCGCUUGUUUCGCGAUCGUACGUCAGAUGACACAUCACCGCCGAAACGAACACUGGCCCAAUACAACUUCGAAGCACGUCAGGUUCACAUCCCGUACUUCACCUGCCUGGCAAUCAUGUGUCGACCCAACCCGGGACAGUCCUCGUCCGCAGCAGUGCUUUUAGCCUCUUCAUUUGUGGCCGGGAUAUUCGAAGACUUCCUAGCUCGAGACGAGAUUAGGUUCCUGGCCCCAGUGUUUACCUUUCACCUUCUGGCUGCAGGGAUUGGGCUCCUCUCGUGCAACAAUAUACCAGCACAUCGGGAGAAAAUAGCAGGCAAUUUGGAAACAAUCUAUUUGGCUUUGGAGGAGCUCGCAAAGCGCUGGUCAUCUGCAAAAGGAAGCCUCAGAGCUUUGAAAAGUAUUGAUGAAAAGCAGCAGAGCACAGCGACAGUAGAUGCACUGUUAUCAAUGGCACUUCCCAGAGAACACCAACCAUUCUUCGAAGGAUUUGGUCCGGAUCUUUCUUGGGCUUGGUCCAGUCUCAUGAACCUCGGUCAAGCCGCGGGGCACGAUGACAGAGGCCACUCUCAAGCGGCCGGGAGUCUAGAGGCUAUAGAGAGUUGGACCGAGUCCCGGGCCCCGGAUGCCAUUCCUUCGGAUGAGUACCGGCCACUUACGACGAUCCUAGAGCCAAAUGCCGGCUUUGCUAUGGGAGAUAUGUCGCAGGACGUCCCGGGCGAUUUCUUUCACAAUCAAUACCAGGGAAUGGGGGAUUGGCUGUUCAAGGAUUUGGAAUGGAAUGGCGAAGUUGCCUGGUAG